AUAAUUAAUGAUAUAAAAGGUGAAAUUGAGUUCAAAAAUGUUCAUUUCAGAUAUCCAACAAGAGUUGAUAAUGAAGUAUUAAAAGGUAUUUCAUUUAAAGCAGAACAAGGAAAAACAAUUGCAUUAGUUGGAGUAUCAGGAUGUGGUAAAUCAACAUCAAUUCAAUUAAUUGAAAGAUUUUAUGAACCAACAAAUGGGGAAGUAUUAUUAGAUGGACAUAAUAUAAAGGAUUUAAACAUUCAGUUCUUAAGAAAUCAAAUAGGAUUAGUUGGACAAGAACCAGUAUUAUUUGCUGAAAGUAUUAUUGAUAAUAUUAAAAGAGGUAUUCCUAAAGGUGUUGAAGUAAAUAAUGAACAAAUUUAUACUGCUGCUAAAAUGGCAAAUGCACAUGAUUUCAUUUCAACAAUGCCAGAAGGAUAUAACACAAUGGUAGGUGAUAGAGGAAGUCAAUUAUCAGGAGGACAAAAACAAAGAAUUGCUAUUGCACGUGCAUUAAUUAGAAAUCCAAAAGUAUUAUUACUUGAUGAAGCUACAUCAGCACUUGAUACACAAAGUGAAAAAAUAGUACAAGAAGCACUUGACAAAGCAUCAAAAGGAAGAACAACAAUUAUUAUUGCACAUAGAUUAUCAACUAUUCAAAAUGCAGAUAAAAUAUGUGUUAUUAUGAGAGGAAAGAUUGUAGAACAAGGAACACAUCAAGAAUUAAUAGAAUUGAAAGGAUUUUAUUAUACACUUGCUAUGCAACAAUUUGGAACAAUGAAUUAA